AUGGCGGGCCCGCAUCGACCUUCCAAACCAUCCCCCCUUUCAAAUCUCCUGACACCGCAAGAAAUUAACCAGUUCCAUGAUGACGAAUCCGAACCACGAGACAUCGUCCAGCUUGAAUCGCUCAGCUCGCGGUCGGAAAGGGAUCUUGACGCAAAGCCAACGGUGUUUUCACCUCCAACGUCGUUGUCGCCGACAUCACUCUUGUCGUGCACACUCACGCCGGCGGUGCUGCACCAUCGAUACCCUCGAUUUUGUCAAACCAUGGUGGCAGCGAGGCAAUUUCGGUCACGGCCAAUCGCAUGGGUCUUGAAAGUCGUCGAAGAAAUCUGCGACGGAUACUAUGCAUUUUACAUGGAAUCGCACCGCGCCCCGCCGUUACCAUUAUUUGUUCGAACACAUUUCCAGCGCACGUUGGGGCUCGUCGCCCUGGCCGACCAAGAGUCGCUGGACCUGGUGUAUAACUUGGAGUUGCAUCGCGAGACGUUUCCUCAUCUCGGCGUGUUUGUGUCGUUGAUGCGGGAGCUGGAGGAUGAAGAAGGCGCACUCUUUUACACCCAUUGCCGCAACGUCGUUCAAUCCACCUUUGGUCUUUCGCUCAAGACCAAGGAAAAGUUGUUGGCUCAAGACUGCGCCAGAAAAUUCCACUCUACCGGCGCGAUCGUACUCGCCGACCACCCUCGACUUCAAGACGGGACCCAGUCAGUGCACUUAUCCCAGUCCGCAUGCUCCUUGCUCGUGCUUCGAGCCAUUGGUGUUUCCAAAGUUCUCGCUAACCAUUUGGCAGUCGUCAUGCUGGCGCCGUACAUGAAGGCGGUGACAGUGGACGCCGCAGGGCGCCUGUUGGACCAGCACCUCCUUAGCCUCGACGACGUCUUGUCUCGACUCCUGCAGAUUUUUCGCUCUCUCCCUGAAGACAUUGUGCACAAGUACAAAUACAACGACGAUGGGGAAUCCCUCACCCUCCUCACACGACUGCAAGACACGAUUCGCCAUGAUGACGAAAAAGUCAAGUUGAAGGCGGCCCUUGACGACCACGUGCGAACUGAACGGUCCUUGCAAAUCGAAAUAAUGAAAAUCGACCGCUUGGACCCUGCCACCCGACCACCAGACGUUCGCACCAAGCUCUUCUUGCUCAAGAACCAACUUCAGACGGCACAGCGACAUAUUAAAGGGCUCAAGGAGCAACUCCAAGGGACAGACGCACAGAUCAACGAAGUGUGGUCGUCGGUAUUACGGGACGCGUCCAAAGUGCCAACAACACAACUCCUUCCACUUGACAAUAUUUUAGCUCGCGUAUGCGAGUUUGUGGCAGCUUGCCACCACGACCUGUUGCUCGAAACAAAGCUCAAAAAGGUGCUUCAAGCAAAACGUCGAAAUGCGUCGGAUGCGAGCUGGGCAAGUCAACUCGAAGCUCUGCAAGAGCGCUGCGUGAUCAAAAUCCAGCGCGUCUUUCGUCAACGAAGGGCAUGGCACAGAGAACGCAGAGCAGCACAAGCUGACCUCGAGUCGAGGAGGCAGCAAAAACUCAAGCGCAAAGCAGAGAAGGAGCUGGAACGCAAGAGGCUCGAGGCAUUGCGUGAUCGCGAUGCACAGAGACAUCUUGGGCGCAUGCAAGAAAAACAGAAACGAGACAUGGAGGUGCAAGCGAAGUUAAAGAAGCAAGAAGACGCCGUGCUGAAAAAGGCCGCGUCGGCUGAAGCUGAACGAAGAGGGAUGCUGGCGAACGAACGGCUCGUUGCGCGAGUGUUCAAGCGGUGGGAAAAAUUCCGGGAUGUUUCAAAGCGCGUGAAAUAUGCUCAAAAGCUCACCCUCAUGGGGUUGUUUGGCCGAUGGAAGGCUGCUGUCCAGAUAUCACAUGUCGAGAUGAAUGCUGCAACGACAAUUCAAUCGGCAUUCCGCGGCAUGCGCGGACGACGCGAAGCACGUGGAAUGAAACGGGCUAGGGACAAGAAGAACCAAUUGGCCGCACGAAACGUGAAUCGACUACUCAAUCGUCGGUUGUUCAAGGUGUGGGCAGCUUGGACGUCCUUUGUCGAGCAACAAUUGACAAUCAAGCACCGAUUCGCGAAUUGCAUGGCGCGAUACCUUCAAGAAACGUUUUUGCAAUGGACACGGCUUCUGCCUCGACGUCGGGCGGCGGCAUUGACUAUCCAGACGAACUACCGAGGGCACUUGGGGCGAAAUCGAGCGCGGAGGAGGCGCCAGGAACAUUCCGCUGCGACAUGCAUCCAACGAAUCGCACGAGGGCGACAAGGCCGCAAAGUUGCGCAGAUGAAGCGGCAACUGAGAGCCCAUCAAUCCCAAGGGACAAACUCGUUGCUACGGCGGAUGCUAUUGCGGACGCUAUCCCAUGCCUUUGACGGGUUCAAAACCCAGUGGGAGCUUGAGCGUCAGAUCCGAGCGAUGGCAGCUGCCCGAGUCCACAGGCGGCGGACAUGGUGCUUUUACAUCUUGCACGCCUAUCGUGUAGCAAGACACCGAAAACAAGCAGAGAGGUUUCGCCGCCAAUUCGAGGCGGCCACAGUCAUUCAGCGCUACUUUCGAGGGUAUUGGUGUCGCCAAGCGUUUCGAAUAUUUGUUCGGCGCCAUCGAAGCGCCGUUGCGAUCCAACGAACGUACCGACGAUACCGUCAGAAAUGGAUCGUGUACGAAAUGCAGAAACAAACCCAGGCGGCAACUCGCAUCCAGUGUCGCUUUCGGCGAAAUAAAGCCGUUGCUGUUGUCACUCGUAUGCGAAACGAGUUUUUGUGGCAAGCGGCACGGCGCGGUGACUACCACGUAGUCCUGCGAAGUUUCAACAAUGGGACGGCGUGGAACAGCUUUGACGAAGACGGCAACUCACUCUUGCACUUGGCGUGUUUGGCCGGAUCGAAACGUCUCAUCAAGCUCUGUCUCCGCUACGGCAUGGACAUCAACGCUGUCAACAUGACGGGGGCCUUAACUCCGCUGCACACGAUCAUUGCUACCACCUACUCACAACGAGCUGAGUUGGUCGAUUACAUGAUUGACCAUGGCGCGUGGCACGAAUGCCGCGACGGACGCGGGCUCACUCCUCUACUUCUUGCUUCGUCACUGGGUCAUGCAGACUGCAUUCGAGCACUAUUGGCGAGAGCCGCCGACCGCGAAGCGCUCACGACGGCGCAGCAAGACGCCAUCGGGUUGGCUACGUCUCUGAACCAGAUCGAAGCCGUUGCUGCUUUGUUGGAGGCUGGGUUCAAUCCCAACACAAUCAUCGAUCCUGCGGAUGGAGCGACUCUUCUUCACGAAUGCGCUGCUCAUGGUUACGUCGAAAUUGCUCGGAUGCUUAUCGCCCGACAAGCUUACGUCGACGCCCAAGAUGUGGAUGGAAAUACACCUGCCAUCUAUGCAGUGUUCAACCAACACUCGAACGUUCUCACGGAAAUCUUGGCGGCGGGCGCGGCACCCGACAUCGUGAAUGUCGCAACGAGGUCUGCGAUGCAUUGGGCCAUUGGUCAUGCCGAAGCAAUUCGAUUGUUGGCCGAAGCCGACGGCGACGUGAACCUUCGCACAAAAGACAGCGACACGCCAUUGCACUUGGCGUGCGCAUCGGAUGACAACAUUGAGUCAACGCGGGUGUUGUUGGCAUACGGCGCGUCCGUCGACAGCAAAAACUCUCGUGGGAAUCAACCUGCUCACGUUGCUGCUCGAGCUGGCGCGGCUGCCACCAUGGAUCUCUUGAUUCAAUACUCGACCAACAUGAACGCCCGAAACUUUAACAACAAGAACCCGUUGGGCGAAGCGCGCAUGUUCAAUCGCAUGGCAGUGGUGGCAGUGAUUCAGCGGCAUUACGCCGAUGAUUUGAAGAUGUUGGAGGAUGCUGGAAUGGACGCCGACCUGGUGGACGAAACCGGUGUAGUGCUGCCGACGAAAUCGCACGAGGACUGGCAAGCGACUUUGGCAUCGAGCAUCCGAUUGUCUCAGUUGAACGAGUGGACGCAAUGCGUCGACCCGACGACUGACUGGUUGUUUUACCACGACGUGGCAUCGAAUGUAUGCACGUGGCGAGCCCCGAUCGAGUACCAAGCAGCACUGGGGCAGCACUGGCGAGUCGAACAACAGAAAAACCUCGACGUUGACGAAACAACCAACGAUACACCUGCAGUGGAACUCGGCACUGGAGGUGGCGAAUCCGCGCCUGCCAAAAAUGAACAAGAGUUCAAAUCGACACCCAAAGUAUAUGUCUACAUUCACGAUCAAACAGGAGAAGUGCGGACAACUGUGCCUCCCGUGGACCCGGACAAGCUGCAGGCAUUGAUUCAAGGCAUGGACCAGUACAAGAUGCUUCGAAGUCGAAUUCACAAAGUAUCGUCAGAGACCGUGGCAUCGGUGGCCAAGUACCGAGCGUUUUGGUCGGAUUUUACCAAAGACGCUCAAACUUUGCGGCUGGAAACUCAAGCCGCCAUCAAAAUCCAAACGCGAUUUCGGGCGUACUUUUACCAUAAGCGAUUUGUCGAGCUCAAACUUCAGCACAAAAUGGCAAUCCACCUCCAGCGCGCGUAUCGAGGCAAACUCGCCCGUCGGACGGCGGCUCACGAACGACAUCGCCACCGCUGCGCGACCAAAAUAGAAGCGUUGGUGCGUGGGUUUUUGGUACGGUGCCGGGAAGCUAACGGAAACAAUGCGUGGCGAGUUCAAUACCGGCUAGAGAGACGUGCGGUUGUGAAUAUUCAGCGGUGCUGGCGAGGCAUGCACGGUCGCUUCCGUGCAAAGAAACUCCAAGCGAUGAAGCGAGGUCCCCAGACGUACUUCGAAUGGGCCGACGCCAGAAAACACGCCAUCAUCCUUCAAACGUUUCAAGUGUGGCAAGAAAUGCAACUCGCCAACAGCUCAACGCAUGGCAUCUUUUACUGCAACCACAUCACCGGGCAAUGUGUGUGGGACAAACCAAUUGCAUGGGUUGAAAACGACCGGGCCAAGUUUUUGGAGCGCCAACAAAUGCACUACUUUGGCUACACGACGCAAAUGCUGCACGCGGCCAUCACGCUGCAAAGCAUGUUUCGCAUGCGUACAGCUCGUGUCUACUUUCACCGCCUCAUGCAGGGCGUCUCGAUUUGUCGCAGCUGCGAGGCCGAUUACCUCAACGAUCCUCUUAACUUGACGCGACUGGGCAACUACGUGCUGUACCUACACGCGAUUCGCCACGAUUACGAUCGAGCGAGGCCUUUGUACAGCCGUCUCAUGGAGUACAUGACGGCGCGUGGACCGGACGUCCCGUUCAUCUUGCGAUGCUACGCUUUGUUUUUGUACGUGACAGAAGAGGAAGACGUCGACAACAUCGCCAUGUUGUUUGAGCGGGCCGACGCCAUCGACAAACCAAAAAAGAAGUUUCAGCUUGCGUUCCUCGGGUUCUUUCGGUACUCGCAGAUCAUGUUUCCCACGAAUGCUCAGAGCAACCUCAACUAUGCUGCAUGCGUCCAGUGGGUCUAUGACCAAGCAAACCCAGCAAAGGAGCACUACUUGCGAGCGUUGGAAGCGGACCCGUACAACAAGCGCAUCCUCCGACUGUUCAACAUCUUUCUCGCUCGCACCAACGAUGCGGAGGGGGAUGACGGCGCUGACCACUUUAUGCGAUACCAAGCGGCCAUGGUGCAGACAGAAGAUGCCGCGCGGAGGAAGGAGUACACGGACAUGGCGGCGCAUGAGGAGCGCCACCGUGCCGCAGUGCUGCUUCAAACUCGGUUCCGAGCAAGACAUGAGAGGAAGCGCGUGAUGCGCAUGCGAAGUGUCCUUCCCGUGCCACACAAAGCAUCUUCGCCAGAAGAAUUGCAACUCCAUCAAGCAUUCGACAUUGUUGCAGCGAAAAACAAAAACCCGUCCAUUUUACGCGUGGACCAACUCGCUGACGUGUACCCGCUGGUGGGAUGGUCCGUUCAAGACGCGGCCGACGACAUUGCGUAUGCAACAUCGCACAUGGAGUUCCAGUACCCCCAGAGCAUCACGUGGACGCGCUUUAUCAAAUGGAUUCAACAAGCUUCGCCGCCAUCGCAGUGGGAAACAUGCGGGACCGACGACGCCAACGUGUACUACUACAACAUCGUGUCGGGGGUCACCCAGUGGGAAAAGCCCCGCAUCCAGAGACCUGUCUUGGCACCGCUCGUGGACACCUGGGAAUCCGCGUACACCGACCAAGGCGACAUCUACUAUUACAACGCCUUCACGGGCGAGAGCCGAUGGGACAACCCCCAGGCAACGCCAUCCCACGACGCCGUAACGCCAGGAUGGGAAGAAAUCGUGGACGACCAUGGCCAACGAUACUAUUACAACCCGUCGACUGGCGAAUCCGCGUGGGAAGUGCCCAAGUCGACUACGCCAGGCGACGAAGAUCAGUGGGAAGAUGCGACAGACGGCACGACGCCGUACGUCGUUCACAAAAUCACGGGGGAGUCGUUGUGGACCCGCCCACAUGAUGGGUGGCGUGCAGCCGUGAAUGCGGAAGGCACUGUGUACUACUACAGCGUCCAGCGGAACACCAGUCAGUGGACGUCGCCAUGGACGACCCGUGGUGACACAACCUUGGCAUCACCCGCUGCCGGUGACAUCGAUACCAACGACAGCGCGUGAAUCAAACGGUGCAAUGCGGUGUAUAAAAUAAUGAACUCACAACGACGCAAGUGGUGAACCUACUCGGGCUGGACAAGCCACGACGAUCUCAGCGCGUCGGCGCAUGUACUUCGUUUCGUCGGUUCUGGGUGAAGGAGACUACAGAGCAGACGGAGAGCGUCUGGGCGCAACGACGGCGGGAAUAAGAACGAUGGAAACUUGACCCGAGAGCUCGCCACCGCGUCGUCCGACGACGUGACCCAAGCACUGAACUGAGCAAACCUUGGACAGUGGCUCAGGUCUUUCCCAAAGGGUAGGCCACCGACAAGCAUCGUGUACAGAAUCACGCCAAGGGACCACAUGUCAGCUUUGCGACCGUCAUAACCAAAAUGACACUUUUGCGUGACUUCGGGAGCAACGUAAUGCGGGGACCCGACAACUGACCUGAGACGUCUCACUUGCGACGGCAGCUCCGGUACCCCGAGCACGUCCGACGAUGACGCAGGGGACUCCAUGGACGAUGAGAGGUAGUGGCCAGUGUUUGUGCUCACAGCAGCAAUACAAUGGGCACUGAGCCCGAAGUCGGCGAUCUUGAGAACGUCGCCGUCGCCGAGGAGAAGGUUCUCAGGCUUGAGGUCCCGAUGCACGAUGCCCAAUUCAUGGCAGUACUGCACCCCAGCCAAGAGCUGUGAAAAGUACACUCGCGCGUCGGCGUCCUGCAGCCCACCGUCAAACUUGAUGCGGUCGAAGAAUUCGCCUCCGCAAGCGAGUUCCAGCACAAGGAAGAUGGUAGUUUUGGACGGCUGUACAAACUCAAGCACGUCAAACAACUGCAGCACAUUCACGUGUCCAUUUUCAACGCUCGGCCCACUGUCGAUCGUGUUGCCCGUGAGGCGAUGCAUGUGGGCAAUUUCGCGAUAAAUGGUCCUGCGAUUCUGAAGAAACACCGCGUAUUUCUUCGGUACGUGCGGGAUGUGCCAUGUGUGGGACGCCACCACGACCACAUCGUCAGGUGACGCCAUGUCGAUGUCGGUCUCGAGAGGAUCGUCGUCGCCAUUGUUCGCGUCCAGAGGCCACAGUGCUACACACAUGUCGAGCGUCAUCUCUUUGAUCAUCCCUGAUUGAGCGUCCUUGUAGCAUGGAAUCAAUUCGUGCUGGUUUGGAUGGAGCAACCACCACACAUGGCCUUUCUCGAGGGGCAUGGCGGGGGUACCCCCUGGCGAUUGAGGUCGCUUCUCGUGGUUGUAAACAGCCCCAGCUCGAAUGACUUCACAUCGCGCCAAUGCUUGUGGAAAGAACAGCUUGUAUCCAACGGGGUUCAAAAUUUUUACGGCCACAUGUCGAUGCUUUUUCAAUUCCAUCGCUUCAUACACGACACCGGCGAUUCCAGAACCGAGGUAGUUGCCCAGACGGAACUUUUCCUGCUGAGCGAUAAUGAUGGUUUGCCCAUCGUACGUGUCGACCAUGGACGGUGACAACCAGCUUUCGCUCAACGGGGACACCUUUUUGCCCUUCUCAAAGGCACACAAAGCCAUUUCAGCAGUGUCGCCUCGUUCGGAACAAUGUUCGAUCAGGAUACGUCGCGAGGACGGGAUUCAAAUCAGCUCGCGCGGAUACGUCCACGAAGUUCACAGCUCAAGCAACGGCGUCGUCGGGACGAGAUAGCAAGCUGAAGGAGCAACGGAAGUCGGGAACGUGGAAGAUGCGGCAGCUUCGAAUGGGAGCGCGCCGACGAGAUCUCUGUUCGUUUCUGAAGUUGCAAUACAAAAACG